AUGAGCGAUAUUAAGUUUUGCUCGAAUGAAAAUACUCCGAUUGUUUUUGAUAACGGAUCAACCUACCUCAAAGCUGGUUUUGCCGGUGAAGCCAGUCCUCGUGUGUUGCUCCCCUCGGUGAUUGGUCGCUUUAAGAUUAACCAGUCCAGUGGACCGGCAUUUAUUGGCGAGCAUGCCCUACGCAAUCGAGGUGUCUUGCAUUUGAGCUGUCCAAUUCUACAGGGAAUCGUGACUAGCUGGUCUGAUUUGGAUGCAAUAUGGAGGCACAUGUUUUUCAAGGAGCUGAAAGUAGACCCACAAGACCAUCCCCUUCUGGUGGCUGAUUAUCCUCUUCUGCCGAGCCACAGUCGUGAAUUGAUGGCACAGUUCGCAUUCGAAGAGUUUCGUAUCCCGGCUUUGUUUAUUGCUGACCAGUCCGUACUGGCAUUGUGUGCUUACGGUCUCACGUCUGGUCUUUCUGUGGAUAUUGGAAAACAAAGCACCUGUAUUGUUCCAGUUACCGAUAUGCAAAUUGUUCCUAAAGCUACCAUUAAGCUGACCGUGGGUGGCCGAGAUGUGACCAACUAUCUGAAACGCCUCCUUGUUCAACAAGGCUAUAGCUUGAAUCGUGCAACAGAGCACGAAAUUGUGCGUGAUAUUAAAGAACAUUUGUGUUUUGUAUCGGAAAGCCCGGAAAUUGCAGUGCAACCGAAGUCAAGCGCAUCAGACUUAUUGACAAAAUAUCAUCUGCCAGACGGAUCGUACUUGACCGUCGGCACAGAGCAAAUAAUCGCUCCGGAACUGUUAUUCAACCCGGGAACACGAAAUGAACCCGGUUUUCAGUUGGGACGUCUGGUGCGUGACAGCAUUGAGACUUGUGCUCCACAUGUGCAUGACACGCUCUAUACGAACAUUACUCCUAGCGGUGGAGGGACUAUGUUUCGCGGAUUUGUAGAACGACUGCAGAAAGAAGUUACUCGUCUGUGUCCGGCUGGACAAACCGUAUGUGUGCACUCAAAUCCGGAUAGGAAAUAUGCUGUGUGGAUUGGUGGUUCCAUUUUGGGCUCAUUGAGUACAUUCUCCGAUAUAUGCGUUACACGUAAACAGUACGAGGAAGAUGGUAUUCGAAGUGUCUAUAAAAAAUGA